CAAACCACAUGACCAGGAAGUGGAUAACGUGUAGUUUACAUUAGGAAAUGAGACCACUCGGCAUGUGUUCCCACGGCGCAUAACCGAGUGGCCGACCAUCACCGAUUUACCAAAUGAAUUCACGGUAUCCCUCUCACGUGCCCGCUCCCAUGGAUCCCAACUCCAACCGGCAUGGUGGGAUUGACGGCUUGUUUGCUAAUGAGAGGAAUCCUGACCCGUUACCCCCUCCUCCACCUCAUCGCAAUAACAAAGAUUGGCGCAAGAGAAAACAUGAGGACCACUUCGCUCCAGAUGCGAAACGCCGACGUGCUGACAACUCGACCCACCCCAUGUCACAACAAUCUCUCCAUGCUCGUCAUUUUUCUAACACUGACCGCGAAGUGGCUGGUUCCUCAAGAUCAUCCUCCUCCGUUUUAAACCACCUUCAUCCCAGCACGAAUUACAGUUCCAACUCUGAUGAUCCUGCGAAUCCAUGCAGUUCCAUGUUCAUCUCCCCUUAUGCCAAUGACAAGCUAAGCAGUCAGAUGUUCAAUCUAUUCAAGAUGUGCACGCAGCAGCCUUCAGAUUUAAACUGCAAAGAGAUGUGUCGGACUUGGCUGCAACAAGACGUCCGUGUCUUCGAAAUGGGGCGGCUGUAUAUGACCGGAUCCACCAUGAGCGGAUUUGCCAGCCGGAGCAGUGAUGCCGAUUUGUGUUAUGUCCUCCAUGAAAGUUUUCAGAAAAAAAAAGAUCCAGUAGCUGUCCUCUAUGCCCUCCAAAGGAUUCUCAAAUCAAAGGAUUAUUUGGACAAGCUCCAUCUGAUCAGAGCUAAAGUGCCAAUCCUCAGGUUCCGAAGGAAAGGCAGCAACCAGAUAUUUGACUUGAACGUCAACAACACCGUGGGAAUCCGAAACACGUUCCUUCUGAAGAGUUAUGCUUUUGUUGAACCCAGGGUACGGCCCCUCGUCCUUGUUAUCAAGAAGUGGGCAAGGCACCAUAAAAUCAACGAUGCCAGUCAAGGAACUUUAAGCAGCUACGCACUGGCGCUGAUGGUGCUACACUACCUCCAGACUCGUGAGAAACCAGUGCUUCCUUCACUACAGUUGGACUUUCCAGAGUGUUUUGAUCCAACUCUGGACAUUGACAUGAUCCCUGAGAGAGCCAAAUGCAUCCCCCGCUACUGCUCCGACAACAACUCAUCUUUGGGAAUGCUGCUUCUGGGUUUUCUCAGAUAUUACGCGACAGAAUUCAGCUGGGAAAAGAGCGUGAUUUCCGUUCGAACUGGCAGAGCUUUGCCUAAAGAAGAUAAUCAAGAGUGGAGAGGCAAAUUCAUAUGCGUAGAAGAACCGUUUGAGAGGAAAAAUGUCGCACGGGCGGUUUACAAGCGGGACAAAUUUGAUGCCAUUAAAACACAGUUUUUCAAGUCGUGGAGAACACUACAGUGGAGAAUGGACCUAAACGCAUUUCUUCCUGUACAAGAGAUCAUUGAUGAUGAAACUUCCUUGUACAAACUGUUCUAAACCGCUGCAUGCGAAAAUGUAAUCUGAUUUGCUAAUUUUGCAUUCCUCUGUUCACGUUCCCCGUUGACGUUUUUUCGUAUGUUUUUUAUAUUGAAUUUAUAGUAAGAAAUUAAAUCACUAUGGGGGAUCUUUUUGAAUUUUUUUUUAAGUUCGCAGAAUUUUAUGCUUUGUGAAAAGGAGUAUUUUUAUCAUGUGCAUCACAGUGGGAACAUCUUUGAAGUGUUUAAUAAAUUGAAAAAAAACACAUUUUCAUUUUUCUGAUCCUUAGCAGUAGAGGAAAAACAAAAAAGUUGAAGCAAGGCAAAAUUAUUCGUAGAGCACAACUUAACACAAGGUAAUUAAAAGUGCUUUCCAUUACAUGAAAAUCAGCAAGGCAUAAUUGAGAAAUAGAAAUAAAAACUAGGGCUGUCAAACGAUUAAAAUUUUUAAUCAAGUUAAAGCUUAAAAAUUAAUCGUAAUUAAUCUCAAUUCAAACUAAUAAAAUAUGCCAUAUUUUUCUGUAAAUUAUUGUUGGAAUGGAAAGACACAAGACAGAUUUAUACAUUCAACAUACUGUACAUAAGUACUGUAUUUGUUUAUUAUAACAAAUCAACAAGAUGGCAUUAACAUUAUUAACACUCUGUUAAAGCGAUCCAGGGAUAGAAAGACUUGUAGUUCUUAAAAGAUAAAUGUUAGUACAUGUUAUAGAAAUUUUAUAUUAAAGCCCCUCUUAAUGUUUU